GCUGAUUGUAGACAGAGGAAUUUAUUUUGUCUGGAUCUUCGAAUAAACGUUGAACGCCCAUUUCCUAUAUAGAUAGGAAAGAAAUAUGAAAUGUUUCUUUUUCUGAGUAAAUGAUUGUAUUAAUCUAAAGAAAAUUACAUAAUUGAAGAAUCGACACCGAAAUUCGGAGAAAAAUGUUUUACUUUUUCCUCUGGGAGGUGGGUGCAAUGAAUAGACACAUGGUAAAAUAAUGACAAUAUCAAUGAAAGAACAAGAACAGGUGCCCGGGGAGAUGGUAUUCCCCGAGGCUAAACUAAAAGCAUUAGAAGAGAAGAUAUCACAUCCUCGCUGGGUGGUGCCAGUGCUGCCAGAGCAGGAGUUGGAAGCUCUCCUUAUUGCUGCCACAGAUCUUGCAGCAAAAGGUGAAGAUAUCAACCACCCAGGAUGUCAGCGGUUUUACAAUGACGCCCUCACUGUCUCCUUCACAAAGAUACUAACCGACGACGCAGUAUCGUCAUGGAAGAACAACAUUCAGCAAUGUGUCCGGUCCAACUGCGAGAAACUCGUCAAAUUGUGCGCGAUGAAACUGGACGAUGCGAGAUUCUUGAAUUUACUGUCUAUGGCUUUCAAUCCUAAUAACAAAUUUCACACAUUUAAUGCAUCUCGAACUUGUGAAGGUCUGUCAGUAACUACCAACUCAAUAUCCACUGGUCAAGGCUCCACACAGGAACCUGAAGUAUUUGCAAGAUCGCAGGAUCAUCGCACGCCUAGAGGAUGGCUGGUCCAUCUUAUAAAUGUAUUCGGUCAAGCAGGUGGUUUUGUAAGUUUGCGAGAACGUUUCGAUGCGAUAAUGGGUUUCCAAAAACCAGACUUAACAUCGUCAGUGCAUUUUGAAGAAAAGGUGUCAAAAGAAAUAACAGAGAAGGAGAUAGAGGAGAACAAAAUUAACAAAGUCGACGACACAGAAAAUGUUGACGUUAUCGCGUCUAGAAGUGAAUGUUCAACACCAGCUCGUAGUGAACAGCCAUCGUCACUAGAGCAGUCGAUCAGUGGCGAGACCCGCGUCGCGACUGUUUGGCAGCUACUUCGACCUCUAGGCCUUUGCCAUGAUCUUCUUACUCCACAUACUGUGACAACUUAUCUUCUACCUGUAUUGGAAUGUAUCCCUACACUGCUAGAGAGCUUAACUGACGAAGAGUUAAAAAGAGAAGCACGUGGUAGCGAAAAUAAGACUGAUACAGUAUCUUGUCUAAUACGAGCCUGCAAAUGCGUCUCUGUGAAGACCCCUCAACACCACAGCUUACUCAAAUCCCUUGAAAUGUUUCGCCUGAAAAUGAUUCUUCGAUUGUUGCAAAUGUCGUCGUUCAACGGAAAAAUGUCGGCGCUGAACGAAAUCAACCAACUUAUUAGUACAAUAUCUCAGCAACCAAAACCUGAAUGGCUUACGCCUACCGUUAUUACGACCUGGAUCCGUGAAAACAAAGUAGUAGAUAUAGUACUUCGUGACUCCCUCCACCAGCCUCAAUAUGUAGACCGGUUAGAGAAAAUGCUCAGGUUCAUGAUCAAAGAAAACUCACUAACCAGAGACGACCUGGAUGCCAUAUGGAAAGCCCAGCAUGGAAAACAUGAAGCCAUUGUUAAAAACUUGCAUGAUUUGUUGGCCAAACUAGCUUGGGACUUCACACCUGAUCAAUUGGACCAUCUUUUUGAUUGUUUUCAGGCAAGUUGGGCAACAUCUAGCAAGAAGCAAAGCGAUAAAUUACUAGAAGUUAUUCGAAGACUUGCAGAGGAUGAUAAAGACGGAGUUAUGGCGAACAAAGUAUUGUUACUAUUUUGGAACUUAGCUCAUUCGGAAGAAGUUUGUACAGAGAUAAUAGAUGUAGCGUUGGCUAACCUAAUCAAAAUCUUGGACUACAGCUGUAGUCAAGAUCGCGAUGCACAGAAAACCCUUUGGUUGGACAAAUGUGUGGAGGAACUAAAAACAAACGAAAAAUGGGUGCUACCAGCACUCAAAGUGAUGCGUGAUAUUUGUUGUCUGUAUGAGGCCGGUGGAGGUACCGGGGUGAGACCACACGUCACGCGACAAGAACUCAUAGAUAGAUUGCAAACGCAACAUUCUCUGGUCAUACUAGUCACUGAUUCUCUUACUUAUUAUAUGGACGGCGUAAGGAAUAAACUUGCAGCUGAAGGUGAGAUAGAUUGGGAUAACUGGUUACCAGAUGGCAGAUAUCCCCACGCAGCACAGGUGCAUGAACGGUUGAGUUUCCUCCGAUUCUUACUUAAGGAUGGGCAGCUUUGGCUCUGUGCAGAACAGGCGAAACAAAUAUGGGUGUGCUUAGCUGAGCGUCCAGCGCACUUGCUUGACCGCGAAGCCUGUUUCAAAUGGUUCAGCAAACUUAUGGGCGAGGAACCAGACCUCGAUCCAAAUAUUAAUCUGCAUUUUUUUCGACGUAACAUUAUGACACUCCCUCCGAACCUAUUAACUCACGCUGGUAUUAAAUGUUUUGAAAGGUUUUUCAAAGCUGUAAAUUCCAAAGAAGGCAAACUAAAAGUAAAACGACGUAGUUAUUUACUUAAUGACGCUGAUCUCAUAGGAUUAGAUUAUUUAUGGAGAGUAAUAACGGAAUGCGAAGACGACAUCUCAGCUCGCGGCAUCGAGCUGUUACGUGAAGUGUGCACCUGUGUCGGGCCGCACCUAUCGCCCGCGCAACACCACGAGAACUUUCUCACCCAGUGCUGCGCGCGCACGCAGCGGUUCCAGAAAGAUAUGGAAUUACAGCAAGAUGUCAUGGAAUGUUGUACAAGGAUGACGAGAGUGAUUCGUGCCAUACAGGAAUACGUAAAUGAAUGUGAUAGGAGAUUCUCAUCAGAACGACAAAUUCUGCCGAUCUACAGGUCCGGGCGCGGACGUCAGUGUACAAUAAUAGUCAGAUUUAAUUUUCAAACUGGCCAAAGACAAAUCGAAGAUAUUGAAAUCUUUUCGCACUCAAAUGAAACCCUGGCUUCGUUGCGAGCGACCAUCCAAAGAAAAUUAAAAUUAGCUUCAGAUAACAAUAUAAAGUUAGAAAUGUUUGUAAAUAAAUUAGAGCUAUACGUGAACGGCGAUCUGUUGGACUCGAGUCAUGAUCGGAAGAUAUUAUCGCAGAUUGGUCUGAGGGAUAAAACUGUCAUAGUUGCCAAGGUGUACGACGGGCAAGUGUGCGGCAGUGGCGGUUGCGGCUCAUCGAACGAAUCGAGCAGCGAUUCCAGCACAACGUCACCACCUUUACCACCCACUCCGGAACAUGCUCUACCUGGAGUCCUAUUUGCCCAGGGUUCGUGGUACCUACCCUUCAUUUUAGACCUGGAGCACAUCGGUAUCACAAAAGGACACGGCCCUUUGACUGAGGCUGCUCAUUUAUUGUCUCAGAUCUGUCCAGCUCACAAACAGACAGUGGAGAAACUUACAGAAGCGUUAUUAUGUCGGGACGAUACAAAACUAAGGCUCAUGCUGUUUGGGCCUGCUCCACCCACAGUAGCUUACAAUGUAGAGGUGCUGUACAGCAUGAUAAUGCCAUCUUCAGACACGAGAUUAGAGCGAAGUCUCAAUUUUCAAAUAUCCUGCGUUAAGAAAGCACCUCUGUUGGUCGAAUGCUUGUCUGACAAAGAUUUUCUGCAGGGUGCUGUACCACAUACGAGACGGGUCGGAUUUUUAGCACUUGUCAGGCUAGCAAAACUGACGCUUUAUACUUUGGCGCAUCUUUUUGAAAUACUCGCUCCUGACGGCACGGAAAUCACCCUAGACAAAGAAUACAAGAUGGAUGUAACAAUAUUGAGAGAAGCGUUGCAGUUGCAAUCUUUACCCAAUCAUGCCUGUGAGCAGAUAGUCAAGGCUAUAGCUGAGAAGUUAGCUAACGCUCUUGGAGAACAGGUGAUAACAAACGGGGAUGACAGUGAAUCAGUAUCUUCGUUAGUAUGGUGGCGGGUGCCCACUACGGCGACAGUGCGUGCCUUGUACACGCUCGCGUAUUCUGUUGCUCAGCCCAUUGAGAUGAGUGGCAUGGUUCAUUCUGACGAUGUCACAUUGGUUCGAGAAUGCAUGGAGGUGGUGACGAUAUGCAUGGCACUUGGCGGCGGUCACUUGGAAUCGCUUCUUCUCGAGUCAUGGUGGCAAGACACUGCACUUUACUUAAUGAUCGACUGCCCCAAUGCUCAGGUACGAGUAUCGUGCGCUGAACAACUGUUAGCAAUGUGCGCAUGGGGUGGCGGCGAUGGUGCACGUGCAGCCCUAGUCGCGCUUGGAGGUGCGGGUACGGCAGGGGAGCGUGGUGCAGCAGGAGGGGUGAGAUUGCAGCGGCACGCAAGAAAUGCGCAGCAGUUCUUGCAGCUGUUGUGCAGACUUGUCACUGUAGCUGGGCCGACUGCCCGAACAUUGGAAGAUCUGGCUGAAGAGGUGUCAUGGUUACGAGCCGUUCGUGCAAACCCUGAGACUGUAGACGAUGUCUUAUUAGAGGGACAUCUCAACCUUAUCAAAGAACUAAUGGCUCACGUACCUGCACAAAUUAAGUACCAGUACGGCGCGCAUCCAGACCAUAGGGACUCUGGAUUAAUCAAGGAGGUUUUAACCGAGUUCUUAUGGCCGUAUUCUUGGGCGUGGUGUCGAAUGGGUGACGGAGAAGGCGAAACAGGCGACGCUGAGGAACCUCCUGAACCUCUGUGUCGAUCGCCCGGAGCUGCCACAGCUGCCACUGAGCUUCUCUUGUCGUUAGUCCACGCCUGUGUGCCUAAUAUGGCAGCGCUGGCGCAUUUACUUGACGCAAUGUUCUAUUCAGACAAAAGUAUGCCGCUAUCAGAAUGGGAGUACAUGCCGUGCGUGGGUCCGCGGCCUCCGUCGGGGCUGGUGGGACUGAAGAACGCUGGUGCCACCUGCUACAUGAACUCCGUGCUGCAACAAUUAUACUGCGUGCGCGCUGUUAGAGACGCCCUGCUCACUGUACAAGGCGCCGCGACUGAUCCUAAUGAAGACUUCUCGGGGGAAAUUCAACAUCAUACGAUAGUGGAAAAUAAUGUUGAGAGUAAUAGUGACUACAACAUUACGAUCUUAAAGCAAGUGCAAGCGAUUUUUGCGCAUUUACAUUAUAGUAAACUUCAGUAUUACGUACCUAGAGGGUUGUGGGCGCAUUUCAGACUUCAAGGCGAGCCUGUAAACUUGCGUGAACAACAAGACGCGGUAGAGUUUUUCAUGUCACUUGUGGAAUCAUUGGAUGAAGCUCUGAAAUCAUUGGGCCAAGAACAAUUGAUGGCCAAGACAAUGGGAGGCACUUACUCUGAUCAGAAAAUUUGCAAAGGCUGUCCACAUAGGUAUUGCAAAGAAGAACCGUUCAGUGUGGUGUCUCUGGAUAUAAGAAACAUGUCGCGUCUUCAGGAGUCGUUAGAGGCAUACGUAAGGGGAGAGCUUUUGGAAGGCGCCGAUGCUUACCAUUGUGAUAAAUGUAAUAAAAAGGUCGUAACAGUGAAGCGAUUGUGCCUGAACAAACUCCCGCCGGUACUUGUCAUUCAGCUGAAGAGGUUCGAGUAUGACUUCGAAAAAGUAUGUGCGAUUAAAUUCAACGAUUAUUUCGAGUUCCCACGGGAAUUGGACGUUGAACCUUAUACAGCUUGGGGAUUAGCAAAGGCGGAAGGAGACGCAACGUUAUGGGAUGGCGGUGAUGAACGUACGCCUGAAACGCACUAUCACCUAAGCGGCAUUGUAGUCCAUUCUGGACAGGCUUCGGGUGGUCAUUAUUACUCAUAUGUACUACUCAGGGACAACGGUAGCGACAUGGGGCGAUGGGUGAAACUUGAUGAUGGUGACGUAUCAGAAUGCGCCAUGCAUGACGAUGAAGAGAUGAAGGCGCAGUGUUUCGGUGGCGAAUAUAUGGGCGAGGUAUUCGAUCCGAUGUUAAAGCGGGUGUCUUUCAAACGGCAAAAGCGUUGGUGGAAUGCUUACAUGCUUUUUUACACGAGGAAGGACACCAUUGAGACCAGUCUCGAACAACAGAUGAAGAAUAUUACACUCAAGGAAAGUGCCAUACCAAGGCCGAUCUGGCUAUCAGUGCGUCGCGGGAACAUCGCGUUUUCACACAACCAAGACCAGUUCAGUUUGGAGCAUUUCAACUUUAUGAAGAAGCUGUGUUGUAUGCGACUGCAAGUAUUACCGGGUGCGCAGAAUGCUUGUUGGGGUCUUGAAAACGAAGAAAUGUCAAUGUUGGCUGUGCAAUUAGCAACGAAAUUCUUAUUUCAAGUCGGUUUUCACACGAAGAAGACCCUACGCGGGCCAGCUGCUGACUGGCAUGAUAUUCUGUGCCAACAUCUACGUUGUUCUCAAAGCGUCAGGGCUUGGUUCGCAACGGAUCUCUUCAAGCAUCCUCAUAGGUUGUGCGAUUAUCUCUUAUCAUGUCCCUCCGCGGAGGUACGGGUAGUUUUUAUGAAAAUCAUAGUUUAUUUGGCGCAUUUCUCUAUUCAAGAUCCACCAGUGCCAAGCGGAUACGGGUCGUGGACAUCGCGAGAGGAAGCGACGUCAUUGUCAGAUCAAAUUUUGUGCGCUGCGCGAUCACUGGCCGCGCCACACCACUCGGAUGCGCAUGUGCAUCGUCACUUACCGCUGCUCUUCAAUCUUUUCCAUGCGUACGCUGCGUUUGGACUUAACGAGCGCCAUCAGUUAUUGCGGCUGAAAAUCUUAGAUAUCGUAUUAACCGUUUGCAUGGACGAUUCGUACUCUUCGCUCGGAAAGUACCAAUAUCCCGAAUCUGCCAAAAUCCACCAGGUGGUAUGCGUGCUAGUGCGAUGCUGCGACGUGAGCUCGCGCUGCCAGUCGGCCAACGCCGCAGACGGUGCGCUGCCGCUGCCCAACCCAUACGCUGACCCUCCGAAUACCAACGGGCCUGCGCGCCCGCAACUCUCCACCACCGUUGCCGAUAUACUGUACAACAGAAGCGGGACAUACAUGAAGAAACUAACAGAAGAGUGCUGCGGGUGCGAGGAGGGCAUCCGGCUGCUGCAAUUCCUGUGCUGGGAGCAUGCGGGGUGGUCGCGCAUGGCGCUGGCUGAGUUGCUGUGGCAAAUGGCGUACGCGUAUUGCCACGAGUUGCGCCGCCAUGCCGACGCACUCACCGAACUGCUGCUAAUGGAGGACAGCUGGCAACACCAUCGCAUACACAAUGUCAUUAAGGGUAUUUCGGAGGAGCGUCCAGGCCUACUGGAGACUGCGGCGCGCGCACGCGGGCACUACCAGAAGCGCGCGUACGCGUGCGUCAAGCUAGUGGUGGGCGUUAUGUGCCGCGCGCCGGCCGCCGUGCGCGCCGUGCACGCCAGACCAGAAGCCCGCCGGCGGUGGAGGCAAUUACUCGCCUGGCUGCAAGACGAGCUCGACCGCAAGUAUGGACCCGGAGGUUAUGGCUCAUACGGCACGUGGUCUCCACCCGGUGCUUCCAACGAAACUUCCACCGGUUAUUUCCUCGAGCGCAGCAACUCUGCACGGAAAACGCUCGAAAAAGCAUACCAGUUUUGUCCAGAAGAAGAAGACGAGGAGGAGGAAACUCGAGACACGGCGGAGGGGUCAGGUGAGGGCGAAGGCGAGGGCGGCGAAGCCGGCGACGAGAGCGGGGAAGAGGGUGGAGAGGACGAACAGAACGAGCGGCCUCUGGUGUUGGGGCCACUCAUGCCACCAGCACCACCGUCGCCUCCCGCACCACCCGCGCCCCCUGCUGGGCUCUGAGCGCGGAUGAGGUCCUUGCCUCUAGUCUUUUCAGCCGCCGCGGAACGUUGCCGGAUCCGUGCUUAGCCGUAGUUUUGUUCUGUGAUGUUAACGAUAUGUGUAAGUUCGUUUACGAGGGCAUUUAUCAUUAAGUAUUACGUCGAAUGUUUCGUUCUCGCCCCCAUGUCGUCCGCUCCGACGGGAUGCCGCGCUUCGGUUCCAGUCGCGUCAGGCGUGCGAUAGAGUCGUUCGGGCAUCUCAUUAUUUUAGUUAUUUAUCUAAUUUAAAUCUCCGCUUUAAAAGUACCAUAGUAUUUAUUUGUUAAAUAAGAUUGUAUUCAUAUUAGGUUUCAAUAGUUAGAUUUAUUUACUUAUAUACACAUUAAAAUAUAUUGCAUUAUAAUGAACGUAUGCUGUUCUAUGUCGUUCGAAUUAAUUACGCUAAUGUUAUCAUUUCGACGACUUUUAAGCGCGAUCACAAUUUAUUGCUUCACAAAUAAAAGCGUUGCGCCUAACUCAUAUUAGAAGAUAUAUGUCAAAAAUAACACCGUCGUUGCUUAGCAACAUAAAGAUGCAGUGCUUGCACGCUGAUACCUAAAUGAAAUCACAUACUGUGCGCAGGGAAAAAAUAAGAACACACAGAUUAAUUAAAUGAACACAUUGAAAGCGCGGUGAAUAUACAAGGCGAAGCUAGAGUUAGAAAUGGACUUAACGGGGUUGGUCGAAAUCCUAAGUUUCUGCUUACUGAUUAAACUACCACUGUACGAUAUUAAGAAUAUAAUAUGUAUUUUCACAUCACAAGUAUCAACUAAUAAACAAACAAAUAAUAUAGCGAGUAACAACUCAUACUAGUUCUUAGCUUUUAUAAUGUGCAUUUUACUAUUUUUAUUU